CAGGACAAUAUCCUUUUCAUGAAAUUUUCCAUAACCGAAUUGCAAAUUGGCUGCUCUAUGUCCUCGAUAGCCUCACGAAUUCCAUCUUUGAUGUCUUGAAUCGACCCUGGGCUGUUGGCGUAGACCUUCUCUUUCACGUGGCCCCAAAGAAAAAGUCACAAGGUGUUAAAUCACAAGAUCUCGGUGGCCAAUUGUGAUCACUUCGUCGAGAGAUAACACGGUCCUGAAUUUUUGAAUGCAAAUGGUUUAAACUGGCUCCUGGGCGGUGCCAUGAUUACUAACAUGCCAGUCAACUUCGAUUAUUUCUGUGAUUUUAUCCACAUUUUCUUGAACAUCAAAAAUGUCUGAGCGGAAUCGACGAAAAUAAAUUUCAUGUAAUUAGCUGUUACAAUAUCGGUACCCUAAACACCAUCACAAUUUCAGCGGCCUGACAGCCUGUCUUGUAUUUCCGCCUUUAUGCAAGAAAAACUAUAAAAUGUUCCGAAUUUUCUCUUUGUUGAUUUCCAUUGUUAACAACCUGUAGCUCACAAUUAAAUGGAACAAACAAAAAGCAGCAAAAGAUUUUUUUAGGGUGAAAUGUCACCUUUAAAACGAGCAUAAAUUUUAAAUUAUUUGAUCGAUACUUUGCGAGAUAUCGAUCACUACAGCCAUCUACCGAGAAAAUAGUGGAUGCAUUUUUCCCCAAACUAAUAAUUUAAUUUAGUAGCCUAAUAAAUUACUAAAAAAAUUGGAAUUCCGGGAAUAGGACAAAUGGAUUUAGUUUCAAAUUUUUUUUGUUUUGUACUUUAUUUCUAAUUUCAUACAAACCGUUCUCAUACAUACCGGGAUUGAAAAAUAUCGGUAUUCCGGGAUCCUACGAUUAAAGCGAAUUUUAUUUAAAAAAAAAAUUCAACUUACAAAGAUUCAAAUCAUAUCAUCAUAUCUUACAUCAUAGCAGAAUUAUUAUACUACUCAUACUCAUAUCGACUAGUCCAGAGAUUUGCAAUAUUUGCAUCGGCCUGGAUUCGCGGAAUAUGCAGUGCUGCUCACUACUCUUUGCAAUUCAUCUUAAUGCAUAUAAACAAAAAGUCGUAUUUUAAUCAAGAUUCAAACUGUUUUAGUACUAAAUAAAGCAACAGUGUUGUAUUGAUAGUAGCGAAGUUGGAAAAAGAAAAAAAGUAAAAGCGAAGAACGAAAAACAAAACAAUCAGAAAAUUAAAUAAAAGUUGAGUAAUUAAACUGAAUGAUGAUUACUUUUUAUCAUUGAAGUGUGAGCGAUAGGAACAACUACAAUGCAUUUUUUUCUCACGGCAGUUUCUAGGCCUAUGGAAAUGCACACUGAAGUUAUAAAAAGAUAACACUAAACAAACAGAGUCGCACUAAAAGUAAUGAGAUGUAAUUGAUGUCAGUUGAAUUAGAAGAAAAAAAAAAUUAUAUUGAAAUUUGUCACGGCGAAAAAUCGUAUAGGAGCCUGCAAAAUAUUUUCUAUAUUCACCAAAUACAUGAACACUUCGCACUCGCUUAUAAUGAAAAUGUGUAAUUGCGUGUUGAAUAAGAAAUGAGAAGGCUGGCAGUUCUAACACGAAAAAAAUAAGAAAAGUAACAAAAAAGGAGUAGACAAAAGAAACGGAGUUGUUGAAGAGCGAGAAAAAGUAAUGCCUUUUUCAAUAACACUAAGCGCCUCGAACAAAAGCAACUGUGCUGCCGGCUGAGAGGAGCAGGUAGGCCUGCCGCUACAAAAAAGAAAAUGCAACAGAAAAUGAAGAAAGAGAGAAGCAGCAAAAGAUGCCACACUUGCAUGCACCGUCUUCCCGUUAAUUUGAGUGAUUUGUGAGUGUGUGUGAAUGUGUGAGUAUAUGAGCCGCCAACGCACCGAGCACACACCACGCAACGACAGUCUACCUCUCACUCUAGUACUCACCUCCAUACACGUGCACCUCUCGCCACUCACGACUGAUCAUGCUUAUGUCCUUAUUGCCUGUCUGACGCUCGUUUGUCGUUUGGUCACUGCUGUUUGUGUUAGUGUUGUUUUGUGCAUCCGUCCGCUCAUGUGUAUGCUCAUAGGCGACAAUAGGUACCUACAGUAGAUGGUUUCGGUUUUGAGAGUGCGGGCGAUAUGCUGAAUUCGAUAAGCCCUUCAGCGUGCAUAGAUACACAUGUAAAUAAAUAGUCGUGGGUGUGUGCAUGCAUGUGUGCAUAUGUUUCAGAUAAAAGAAGUGAUUUAGCAUGCAAAUAAUGUUUGCCGAAGAGCGACUAAAGGUAGCACAAUGCUGGCAAGGAGUUGAUGCGGAAAAGAGACAAGGAAGAAAAGUAUUUGCAAGCAAUGGAAAAAGUUGUGAAUGAAAAUGCUGGAAACAAAAUGGAAAACAACAAAUUAAAGGCAGCAAAGAAAUAAGUGAAGACGAGUUAUUUUCUGAAAAAAUGUGCUUUAGAAAAAAUAAUAACUUAUAAAAAGCAAGCAAGCAAUUAAGAACCAAUUUCCGUUGUUCAUAAAUGUACAUAUAUGUAGUUUGGGAUCUCAUAAGUUAUGUAUGGAAAAUUUAAGCAAAUUGUUGUAGUGGAAAAUAGGAGAAAAUAGAAGUUGCUACAUAAAAUACGAGUUGAAAAAAGUGCCAAAUAAAAAUUUACAAGAGUAUACGAAAAAUAUUAAAAAUAUUACUGUUGACAAAAAUAAUAGUUAAAAUUUAAAAAGUUACAGGUAAUAUGUAGUACAAAUAAAAAAUAAAAAAAAAAUAAAUCCGCGAUAAAUAAGAGUGGAGAUCUCAAAAAACGUUUGGGAUUAAAAAAUUUUUUUAAAUGUGCUGCAUAGUGCCUUCAAAUUCUUGAAAUUCAGCAGCAAGAAAUCUCAAAAAUUUACAAAAAAAAAUUUACGGGAACGAAAAAAAUUUUAGAUUGAGCUGAAUAUUGUGCCUUCUACAGCUUGAAAUUCAACGACAGGAUAUGCAAAAAUAACAUUUAUGCCAUAGAAGUAAUGAGUGAGAUGUGUGAGCAUGUGUGUAUGCUACUAAGUGGUAUUUGAAUGCCCAUUAAUCAACAUUGCGGCUAUCAAAACGCGAGCAAAUAACAAAAAAUCGGUUCACAUAAAGAAGAAAGCUAUUGGAAAUUUUCCCAACAGACGUAGAAAAUGUAUCGAAAUUAUGAAUCGAGUGAAAAUGACGAGCCUUACCAGAAUUACGAACGGGUGCAUUAUUAUGAACCUCGUGAAAAUCCACACGCUCGUUUAAGUUAUGAGCCUCAACGAGAUCAACACAGUCGACUAAGCUAUGAAUCGCGACAACAUCGAAAUUGUUUCGUAAAUUAUGAGCCGCGCCGAAAUUAUGAACCGCAACGCAGAAAUAUCAACAAAGGUUCACCCAUCGAUUAUAAAAGCGGCUCCGCCUGCUCAACACCCACAAAAGACACACUCAAAGGUUACGAGCGCAGCACGAAUAAUUGCAUGGGACCCGUGCUUCCACCGCGCAGCGUUAUGAGCGGCCUGCCAGCGCAUCACUACUCGACACCGAUGAACUUCCGCAAAGGUUUGGCGGCGCGCUGGCACCGCUGGCGAUGUGCGCUCAAUAUUUGCUUGGCGGUUUUUGCGUUACUCGGCUUGAUUUCAAUAGUUCUUUAUGUAUCCGGAGUGCUACAUUUAUCCAUCGACGAACCACGCACAAUUCUAGUCGGCAAUGAGGCAUCCGAAGUGACGGCCGCCAAAAGCACUAAUACGGAUCUGACGAAAUUUGGACAACCCACCACGGUCACUGCAUCAACGGCAACUUCAUCGCUCUCAUCGAUUUCGGCAUCACAAGCGGCAGCUUCAGCGGCGGCUUCAGCGGCAGCAAACGGUAGCGGUGGUACGAUUGGCGGCGGCAGCGGUAGUGGCGUUGGUGGUGGCGCCUCACCAUCAUCGACUGCCUACCAAUCGCCAGCAUCGGCGUCAUCAGCUGUAGCUGCUAUGGGCGCGCCAGGAGCAGUAGCGUCUUCACCCUCGUCAUCUCUAUCCUCUUCGCUGGCAAAUGUCAAUAAUGGAGACAUCGGAAAUGAAAUGCUGCCAACGGCAGAUAUACGCGCCCCUUCGCCAUAUCAUAAGCGCGCGUAUGCCCAUAACGCACAUAAAUGGAAGUACUCAACAAAGGAUGCGAUGACAGCAGCUGCGACUCACCUGUCAACUGUCGCACAGCGAAAUGGACGACGACAACAACACUCGAGCAAUGAUGGGGAGGUAGUGGUAGUGGCGACUAGCGGUGACAAGUGGCAAAAACACAAGCAAUAUACAAAUCCGCAACAAAAACAACAGCAUGCACAACAACAAAAACUUCAAACGCCACCACUCCAUCGCCAACAACACGGCGCGCGCAAGAAGCGCUAUCGACGAAGUUUAAUGACAAACCAAAGUUUCGCAAGCAUCGACUUAAUUACAAGAACGCACGAGAGGUAUGAUGAAAUGAAUGCCAACAACAACAGCAAUAAACACAAUUGGGAGAACAGCAACAACUUAAAUGUUGAAAAUACAAAGGACAGCGGCGUUGGCUGCAGCCGUGGCCGAGACCGAGGCCAUGGCGGUGAUAACGCGCCCACUGACUGCAAUAGAGAGGUCGCUAACAGCUUUGAUGUUGUUGAAAAGACAAUGCACAAGGCGCUCGAAUUGGAGUUGGGCGAGCAGGUGAUUGAGUUGGCAGCGCGCCAACGCACAGAGAGCGGCGUGUUUACAGAUGUGACUGCGCGUGCUACAAAUCGUAAAGCAGACGAACCGAAGGCGCACAGUUUUGAGUUUCCGUUACAACCAAAAUUACAACAAAGUGACAAAGCGGCAGGUACAGGGGGUGAAAAUUUAAUGCCGUUGACCGAAGCGGCUAGAAUGUCUAGUGGCUGCGCAACAGCAGAUAGCAGUCUUACACCGCCUAUAACAAGCGACGAAACUAAAACGUUGGCAACAAAACUGUCAAAAGCAACUACAAAUACUCCCACUCUAACGGAAGUUGAAACAAGCGCGCAACAUAAAUGUGAAACGACGAUUGCGCUGCCUAAUACCAAAACUGAAAGUAAUUAUGGCGCUGAAAAUGAAGUUUUGAGUGGCGGUAGAAGGAGCGUAGAUUUAAACGCAUACAACAACCAAAGCACUCAGAGUGAUUAUGGCAGCAGUAGUAGCAACACCACCAACAGUAAUGAAAUGCCAAGCGCUGUCAGUGUUGCCAUAGCACAAACUUUGCAAAUCAAUAACGUAUUAAAGCUUAAUCAAAGCACUAAUAAUGACAAAGAAAUUGCUGCCGCCGUUGUAGUUGUUGAUGAACCGGCUGAGAUUGAAAGCAUUGCUGCCCCUAACACGUUUGAUUAUGAUGAUGCGCCCGAUGAGCAGCAGGACGCUGAGACGUUUGCGACAACUGAGAAAGUUUUAGAAAAGGCUUUCGGGGCUAAGAAUAAUGAAGUGGCAAAUGUGACAAAGAGCAAAGCGAGCGCGGCGCACAAAGAUGAAGGCGCAACCUUCAAGGUGGCAAGAAAUAUGCCAUCAAAGACAGGUGAAACAAAAGCGAAUACAAGCGCCGGGCACGCGUCUUUCAUGCUCAAAGCAGACGCGUCUAUGACGACAACGCCGCCAUCACCGCGCCCAAUGGUAGCGCCUAAUGGGAGUGGCAUUUAUAUUGUGGCUGAUGGUGAUAUUGAUUAUGUUGAAGGUGACACGCAGCGACAUGUAAGUGACUUUAGCACCAAGUUUGUUAAGCAAGUAGAAAGGGGAAGGAAAAUUUCAUUUAAAACUGCGACUGAAAUUAAUGAGAUAUCGAUUACACCAACCGCGACGUUUAACGAAAAUGAAGCGCAAAUGCCCGCCGAGUCAGAUGAAGCGCAAAUAGUAGCCUAUAAACCAGUAAAACGCAAUUUACACGGCCACAAAGCGAACACGCCAGCACAAAGUAAGAAGCUUAGAAAACACAUUGGACGCCCGCUGCGCGCACCUGACCAUGUCUUGCCGGCAGCGAUAACGCAGUUAGUUGAUGCGAUUAUUGAUGAUGAUAAUCAAAUUGACAGGCCACCAGUGAUGGCGGCGCGAAAUGAUGAAGUGGCUGCGGAAAUUCAAGAAAAAGUGGUUGCAAAUAACGAAAGCGAAGACGCUACGCAAAUUGACAAAAACAUAGCCACAAAUGAUGGCAAUAAAAUAGGCGUCCAAGCGGAGAAAAAAACAGACAAUGUGCGCUAUGCAGGCGCACAAGAAACUACUACGCGCAACGACAUGUCUGCAGAUUUUGAAGAUGCAAAUGAUUUUCAAAUCAAUCGCCAUAAUGGCGCGGCAAAUGAUGCGUUGAGUGAUAGUGAAAGCGAUGCUACCAAAGCGGCAACUGAUGAUAACAAUAAUGAGCGUGAUUUAGUUGACAGCUAUGAUGAUGUCGACGACUCCACGCGAACGGAGUCGCCGUUGGCCGCAGCCACGUCAAAUGUCAUAAAAAUUGAUAAAUCCAAAACGAAUGAGCAAAAACAGCAAAGUGGAUAUGUUGAAGGAACAGAAACAAGACACUUGCAGCAGCAAGAAAUUGCGGCAUAUGAAAAUCCGACUAACGAAAGCGUAUUGCAAAUUAAGCUAAACGAAAGUCAAAUACAAAAUGAACGCCCAACAACGUUCGAGCAAAAUAAAGCAGUUGUUAGUGUGGCUGCUGGUGCCGAUGUUGAUAAUGUUGAGACAGCCACAAACACAAACACAACCCCAACCCAACAAGGAAUAACAACUGAUGAACGACAAACGAUGGAGAUAAAUGAGCGCGUGUCAGUGGCAAGAAAAUCUGCUAGUAAAAGGGGCAAGCAUUUGAUAGCGAAAGACGCAACCGAGCGACGAAAAAGUGAUAGAGUGAUUUUUGGAAUAGAAGACGGAAAAGCAGAGGAAGAGCAGCAGCAUUUGCUUGAAGGCGAACAUUACAUAGAAACUGCUGCAGCAGCUGAAGAGCAAGUGAAUGCUGAAGCGCCAGUGACAGAAAUAGAAACAGGAACAGAAACAGGCAACUCACAAAUGACCGACAAGCAAGCAAAGGAAACAGGCACCACACAAGCCGCAGCAGUGAGUACAGAAAAAGCUGCUGCCAGUAAGGAAAAAGAGGCAGCAGCUGAAGAUGAAGAUGAAGCCGAAGCUGAAGCUGAAGCUGAAACGGAAGCUUCAACAACAAUAACCCAUUUAAGCCAAACAAAAACUGCGUCAACAGCUGUUGAUGAAGGGAGCUUUGAAGAUGAGCUGAUGCUUAAUGACGGUUUAAUGCCGCCACAACACAGGGCAUUUGCGCACACACACGAUGGCAUUGGCGUUAUAAAUACUCAAACAAAUACUUAUACAAAUACACAUGUACGCACAAACGAAAACAACAACAUAAAUAUGAACUUCAAUUCAAAUUUAAAUUCCAAUGCUCAGGCUAAUGACUACCAACCGCUCAAUGUGGAACCCAAUGCGGACGACAUCGAUAUCAUUAAGCUGGAGGACACACACUCAAGCGAAGAUGAAGUCUACAAAACUAUCGAGGGUAAUGCGAGCGCGCGUGAAAAGGCGAAAUACAUUUAUAGUAAGCGAAAGGUGAUAGUCACAAGCCGACCACCGCUCAAGCACCCAUCGAAUGCCGAAAAUGAAGUACUCAAAAAUGAUGAAAUCGGCGCCGCCGACACACCCCACAAUUACUCGUAUGUCGACAAACUGCCACCCUUUCCGCUCAAAGCGCCCAUAGUGAGUGAAUCAUACGAUCCGCCAAGCAAGCAUAUACUCGUCAAUGUGACAAUAGCAACCGAAGGUGAUAGUAACUCUGUUUACACACUGCAUGUGGCAGUGCCACUGGGUGGACAGUCACACGAUUUGCAGGAAGUACUUACGCACGAACGCUUGCAGAGUAAUGAUGAUCAUGAUCACACGAGUGAUGUACAACAAAAGCGCAAGAGCGUGCAUUCUGCGGAGUAUGCAGCGCCUACGAUCAGUCCCUACUGCAUACCUGAACCACCGCCACCCAUACCGGAGUGUCCCUGCAAAUGCGGCGGUUUCUUAAUGGCCACAGAAGCGGCUGCAGCUGAAGAUAGCGAAUAUGCUGAGGUUGACUCUGUUAGCGUGGAUGCCCCUAAAACCUUUUCCACUGCUAGUGCGACCACUGCCGCAACGACCACCACUGCUCCUAGCACUACCACCAUCAACUCCAUUCAUCCACCAUCCUUACAAGUCACUGCAACACCAGCUAUGCUCACUAAUAUUGUUAAUGUCACUGAUGAUUCUACCACUGCAACAACUGCUACUUCAUUCACUACUAAUUUGCUUGGUGUUGAUGUGUCGCAUGCCGCUUCUCAUAUUGAUGAUCAGAUUGUUGUUGGUGAUGGCAACAUAAUUGCAUGUCCUGAUGUUAUGCCUAUUCUGAUACUUGAAGGCGCACGUACCUUCCCGGCACGUAGUUUCCCACCUGAUGGCACUACCUUUGGACAAAUCACUUUGGGACAGAAGCUGACUAAGGAGAUUCAACCGUACAGUUAUUGGAAUAUGCAAUUCUAUCAAUCAGAGCCGGCUUAUGUGAAAUUCGAUUACACCAUACCGCGUGGCGCUUCGAUUGGUGUUUAUGGCAGACGUAACGCUUUACCGACGCAUACACAGUAUCACUUCAAGGAAGUGCUGAGUGGAUUUAGCGCGAGCACAAGGACAACACGAGCGGCACACUUAUCGAUAACACGCGAGGUCACACGCUACAUGGAACCCGGUCAUUGGUUCGUCUCGCUGUACAACGACGAUGGUGACGCGCAAGAGGUCACCUUCUAUGCCGCCAUCGCCGAGGAUAUGACACAGAAUUGCCCGAAUGGCUGCUCCGGUAACGGACAGUGCCUGCUGGGCCAUUGUCAAUGUAAUCCCGGCUUUGGUGGCGACGACUGCAGCGAGAGUGUAUGUCCAGUGCUGUGCUCACAACAUGGCGAAUACAUCAAUGGUGAAUGUAUUUGCAAUCCGGGUUGGAAGGGUAAAGAGUGUUCGUUGCGUCACGACGAGUGCGAAGUGGCCGAUUGUAAUGGGCAUGGCCACUGCGUGAGCGGCAAGUGCCAGUGCAUGCGCGGCUACAAGGGCAAAUUCUGUGAGGAAGUUGACUGUCCACAUCCGAACUGCUCGGGGCAUGGCUUCUGCGCGGAUGGCACUUGCAUUUGCAAGAAGGGUUGGAAGGGCACCGAUUGCGCCACCAUGGAUCAAGAUGCGCUUCAGUGUCUGCCUGACUGUUCUGGUCAUGGCACUUUCGAUUUGGACACGCAGACAUGCACCUGUGAGCCGAAAUGGAGCGGGGAUGAUUGCUCGAAAGAGCUUUGCGACUUGGAUUGUGGGCAACAUGGUCGCUGUGUUGGUGAUGCCUGCACUUGCGAUCCCGAUUGGGGUAGCGAAUAUUGCAAUACCAAGCUGUGCGAUACGCGCUGCAAUGAGCAUGGCCAGUGCAAGAAUGGCACCUGCUUGUGCGUGACCGGCUGGAAUGGCAAACACUGUACGAUCGAGGGCUGCCCAAAUGGCUGCUCGGCGCAUGGCCAGUGUCGUGUGAGCGGUGAAGGACAAUGGGAGUGUCGCUGUUACGAGGGCUGGGAUGGCCCCGACUGUGGCAUUGCACUCGAGCUGAACUGUGGCGAUAGCAAGGACAAUGACAAGGAUGGUCUUGUCGAUUGUGAGGAUCCCGAGUGUUGUGCCAGCCAUGUCUGCAAGACGUCGCAACUCUGCGUGUCUGCGCCCAAACCGAUUGAUGUAUUGCUGCGUAAGCAACCGCCCGCCAUUACGGCGUCCUUCUUCGAACGCAUGAAAUUCCUAAUUGAUGAGAGCAGCUUACAAAAUUAUGCGAAACUCGAAACGUUCAAUGAAAGCAUUUUUUGGAAUUAUUUCAAUGCAAGCCGUUCGGCCGUUAUACGCGGUCGCGUCGUCACUUCACUUGGCAUGGGUUUAGUGGGUGUGCGCGUUUCCACCACCACACUCCUCGAAGGCUUCACGCUCACCCGCGAUGAUGGUUGGUUUGAUUUGAUGGUCAAUGGCGGCGGCGCUGUAACGCUACAAUUUGGACGCUCGCCCUUCCGGCCACAGUCACGCAUUGUACAAGUGCCGUGGAAUGAAGUGAUCAUCAUUGAUGUGGUGGUCAUGUCGAUGUCAGAAGAGAAAAAUUUGGUACCCAUACCACACACCUGUUUCUCACACGACUACGAUCUUAUGAAACCUGUCGUGUUGGCUUCAUGGAAGCAUGGUUUUCAAGGUGCUUGUCCUGAUCGCUCAGCCAUCUUGGCCGAAUCGCAGGUUAUACAAGAAUCUUUACAAAUUCCCGGAACAGGUUUGAAUUUAGUUUAUCACUCUUCGCGUGCCGCCGGCUACCUCUCGACAAUAAAGCUGCAACUGACGCCCGAAACUAUACCCGAUACACUGCAUCUGAUCCAUCUGCGCAUAACCAUUGAGGGUAUAUUAUUCGAGCGAGUUUUUGAAGCUGAUCCGGGCAUUAAAUUCACUUAUGCUUGGAAUCGUUUGAAUAUCUAUCGUCAGCGUGUUUACGGUGUUACCACGGCUGUCGUUAAUGUGGGCUAUCAAUACACCGACUGCAAGGACAUCAUCUGGGAUAUACAGACCACCAAGUUAUCUGGACACGACAUGUCCAUUUCGGAGGUGGGUGGUUGGAAUCUUGACAUUCAUCACCGUUACAACUUCCACGAGGGCAUACUACAGAAAGGCGAUGGUUCCAAUAUUUACUUGAAGAAUAAACCACGCGUCAUACUCACUACCAUGGGCGAUGGCCAUCAGCGUCCACUGGAAUGUAAUGAUUGUGAAGGUUUGGCUUACAAGCAGCGUUUACUUGCGCCGGUCGCUUUGGCCUCCUCACCCGAUGGCAGUUUGUACGUCGGUGACUUCAACUACAUACGGCGUAUUAUGACGGAUGGUACCAUACGCACGGUCGUCAAGUUGAACGCCACACGCGUCUCUUAUCGCUAUCACAUGGCACUUAGUCCUCUCGAUGGCACACUCUAUAUAUCCGAUCCAGAAUCUCAUCAAAUCAUACGCGUACGUGAUACCAAUGAUUAUUCGCAACCCGAAAAGAACUGGGAACCCAUUGUCGGCUCGGGUGAACGUUGUCUGCCGGGCGAUGAAGCGCAUUGCGGUGAUGGUGCGUUGGCUAAGGAUGCGAAGCUGGCUUAUCCCAAAGGCAUCGCCAUUUCUAGCGACAACAUACUCUACUUCGCCGAUGGCACUAACAUACGUAUGGUGGACCGCGAUGGUAUAGUCACCACUCUAAUUGGCAAUCACAUGCAUAAGUCUCACUGGAAACCCAUACCAUGUGAGGGCACACUGAAACUGGAAGAGAUGCAUUUGCGUUGGCCUACUGAACUUGCCGUGAGUCCGUUAGACAACACAUUGCACAUUAUCGACGAUCAUAUGAUCUUACGCAUGACACCCGAUGGUCGUGUGCGCGUCAUCUCCGGACGUCCGCUUCACUGUGCCACCACCUCAACCGUCUACGACUCUGAUUUGGCUACGCACGCUACACUUGUAAUGCCUCAGUCGAUAUCGUUCGGUCCGAUGGGUGAAUUGUAUGUUGCAGAGAGCGACUCGCAGCGCAUCAAUCGUGUCCGCGUCAUUGGCACAGAUGGGCGUAUUGCUCCUUUCGCAGGCGCCGAAUCAAAAUGCAAUUGCUUGGAACGCGGCUGCGACUGCUUCGAGGCGGACCACUUCCUUGCGACAAGCGCCAAGUUCAAUACAAUCGCUGCGCUCUCCGUUACACCCGACGGGCAUGUUCAUAUCGCCGAUCAAGCAAAUUAUCGCAUCCGCUCAGUUAUGUCUAGCAUUCCUGAGGCGAGCACAUCCCGCGAAUAUGAGAUUUAUGCACCAGAUAUGCAAGAAAUUUACAUCUUCAACCGCUUCGGCCAACACGUCUCGACAAAGAACAUCUUAACUGGAGAAACAACCUAUGUCUUCACAUAUAAUGUCAACACUUCGAAUGGCAAACUGAGCACUGUAACCGAUGCGGCCGGCAAUAAGGUAUUCCUGUUACGCGACUACACCUCGCAAGUAAACUCCAUCGAAAAUACCAAGGGGCAGAAAUGCCGACUGCGCAUGACGCGCAUGAAGAUGCUGCAUGAACUGAGUACACCAGACAACUACAACGUUACCUUCGAGUAUCAUGGCCCCACUGGUUUGCUGAAGACUAAACUUGAUUCUACUGGACGCUCCUACGUCUACAACUAUGAUGAAUUCGGGCGUCUGACUUCUGCUGUCACACCCACUGGCCGCGUUAUUGAUUUAGUCUUCGAUCUGAGCGUUAAAGGCGCACAAGUAAAGAUAUCCGAGAAUGCGCAGAAAGAACAAUCCAUGCUCAUACAGGGCUCGACAGUCAUGGUACGCAAUGGUGCCGCCGAAUCAAAGACCUCAGUGGAAAUGGACGGGUCAAUGACAAGUCUGACACCAUGGGGUCACACUGUGCAGAUGGAAGUGGUACCCUAUGCUAUACUGGCAGAAAUCAACCCAGUCAUUGGUGAAAGCUAUCCAGUGCCCGCAAAGCAACGAACCGAAAUCGCUGGAGAUUUGGCUAAUCGUUUUGAAUGGCGCUACUUUGUGCGCCGCAUGCAACAGGGCAAACAAGGCAAAGGUCCACGUCCAGUCUCACAAGUUGGGCGCAAACUCCGUGUCAAUGGCGACAAUGUGCUUACGCUAGAAUAUGACCGCGACACGCAAUCAGUAGUGGUGCUCGUAGAUGAUAAGCAGGAACUUUUGAACGUAACUUAUGACCGUACCGCGCGUCCCGUCAGUUUCAGACCACAAUCAGGCGACUACGCUGAUGUCGACUUAGAAUACGAUCGCUUUGGACGUUUGGUUAGCUGGAAGUGGGGUGUGCUGCAAGAAGCAUACACCUUCGAUCGCAAUGGACGCUUAAAUGAAAUUAAGUACGGUGAUGGCUCAUCUAUGGUAUACGCCUUCAAAGACAUGUUCGGCUCACUGCCACUGAAAGUUACUACUCCAAGACGAUCUGACUAUCUGUUGCAGUAUGAUGAUGCUGGCGCACUACAAAGCUUAACAACGCCACGCGGCCACAUACAUUCUUUCUCUCUACAAACCUCCUUGGGCUUCUUCAAGUAUCAAUACUUUUCACCGAUUAAUCGUCAUCCUUUCGAAAUACUAUACAACGAUGAGGGUCAAAUACUAGCCAAGAUACAUCCACACCAAUCGGGCAAAGUGGCGUUCGUGCAUGAUUCCGCUGGCCGUUUGGAGACAAUUUUAGCGGGGCUUUCAAGCACGCAUUACACUUAUCAAGAUACCACGAGCCUCAUUAAGUCAGUUGAAGUGCAGGAACCUGGGUUUGAGCUGCGUCGGGAAUUUAAGUAUCACGCUGGUAUUCUAAAGGACGAAAAGGUACGCUUUGGUUCGAAGAACUCGUUGGCCUCUGCGCACUACAAAUACUCGUAUGAUGGUAAUGCACGGUUAAGCGGCAUUGAGAUGUCUAUUGAUGAUAAAGAAGUGCCCACUGCGCGCUACAAGUACAGCCAAAAUCUGGGCCAACUUGAAGUGGUACAAGAUCUCAAGAUUACGCGGAAUGCCUUCAAUCGAACUGUAAUUCAAGAUUCCGCAAAACAAUUCUUCACCAUUAUUGACUACGAUCAGCACGGUCGCGCGAAGAGCGUACUAAUGAAUAUUAAGAGUUUCGAUGUCUUCCGCCUCGAAUUAGACUAUGAUGUACGUAAUCGUAUCAAGUCACAAAAAACGACUUUGGGACGUUCUACAUCAUUCGACAAAAUCAAUUACAAUGCUGAUGGGCAUGUAAUUGAAGUGCUCGGCACUAACAACUGGAAGUACCUAUUCGAUGAGAACGGCAACACCGUAGGUAUUGUAGACCAAGGCGAAAAAAUUAAUCUCGGCUACGACAUUGGCGAUCGCGUCAUUCAAGUGGGUGAAAUAGAGUUUAACAACUAUGAUGCACGUGGCUUUGUCGUGCGACGUGGGGAGCAGAAGUACCGUUACAACAAUCGCGGUCAACUUAUACAUGCGUUUGAAAGGGAUCGCUUCCAAUCGUGGUACUACUAUGACGACCGCAGCCGUUUGAUCGCUUGGCACGACAGCAAGGGCAAUGUGACACAAUACUAUUAUGCCAAUCCGAAGACACCGAAACUGCUGACACAUGUACACUUUCCUAAAAUAGGAAAAACAUUGCGUUUCUUCUACGACGACCGCGAUAUGUUGAUUGCAGUAGAAAAUGGAGAUCAGCGUUACUAUGUGGCCACUGAUCAAAAUGGCUCACCACUAGCAUUCUUCGACCCGAAUGGCAGUAUCAUCAAGGAUGUGAGACGCACGCCCUUUGGCCGUACUAUUAAGGACACUAAUCCAGAUUUCUUUAUACCCAUCGAUUUCCAUGGAGGCUUGCUUGAUCCCAAUACCAAGCUAGUAUACACCGAAGGACGACACUACGAUCCUACAGUUGGUCAAUGGAUGACACCCAAAUGGGAAGCGCUUGCCACUAAAAUGUCCAAUCCAACUGAUGUCUUCAUCUAUCGCUACCACAACAACGAUCCUGUCAAUCCCAGCAAACCACCGAACUAUAUGAUCGACUUAGAGUCAUGGCUACAACUCUUUGGCUAUGACUUGCGCAAUAUGCAGAGCUCGAAGUACACCAAAGACGCACAAUACGUGCCACAAGUCUCCAUCAAAUCGAACAUGCUAGCACCCGAAUUUGGCGUAAUUUCUGGUUUGGAGUGCAUAGUCGAGAAGACCAACGAGAAAUUUAGUGAUUUCGAUUUCGUGCCCAAACCACUGCUGAAGAUGGAACCAAAGAUGCGUAAUCUGCUACCACGUAUUAGCUACCGACGAGGUGUCUUCGGCGAAGGUGUACUGCUCUCGCGCAUUGGCGGUCGCGCUUUAGUGAGCGUUGUCGAUGGCUCCAAUAGUGUGGUGCAAGAUGUGGUAUCAUCUGUCUUCAACAAUUCCUACUUCCUUGAUCUGCACUUCAGUAUACACGAUCAGGAUGUCUUCUACUUUGUGAAAGACAAUGUACUCAAGCUCCGUGAUGACAACGAAGAACUGCGACGACUCGGUGGCAUGUUCAACAUAUCCACGCACGAAGUUACCGAUCAUGGCGGCGCCGCGGCGAAGGAACUACGACUGCACGGUCCCGAUGCAGUAGUGAUCAUUAAGUACGGUGUCGAUCCCGAUCAGGAGCGACAUCGCAUUCUCAAGCACGCACACAAGCGAGCUGUCGAACGUGCGUGGGAGCUGGAAAAGCAGCUAGUAGCUGCUGGCUUCCAGGGACGUGGUGACUGGACCGAAGAAGAGAAGGAGGAGCUAGUGUCGCACGGUGAUGUAGACGGCUGGAUAGGCAUCGAUAUACACAGCAUACACAAGUACCCACAGUUGGCAGAUGAUCCAGGCAAUGUGGCGUUCCAACGCGAUGCAAAACGUAAGCGAAGAAAGAUCGGAAACGGGCAUCGUACAGCAAAAGCGCGCCGACAACAAUUAAGAGUAAUGGACUUGAGUGCGUGA